UGAGCAAUGACUGUGUGCGGCAAAAGUUGUUUGGGAGACGAUCCGUUGCUCUGGUGGGUCGAUUAUUUGGACAGGAAAAAUGUUGUACGCCAGCGGACAAUCCUUCGUGGCCGUUUCGACGCAGCGACUCAUUCCGGUUCGUACCAGAGCAGCAGUUUGUCUUCCGGUUGUUUCUACUAGGGUCAGCGAUCAUGGGCGGUGGGAAUUUAUUCGAAUCGCCGCGAGCCGACGUAGUUUAUGCACUCGUACAGCCACAACUUCUCGUGUGGCACUUACCUACUUUCAGCGUACUGUCCAUCCGCACGACAACAUCGCGGGCAGAACUGAAAAUACAUUGAACCAUUUUUCUGCGUCCAGCAGCUCUUCUCGCUAUGCAGCUUCUUCCCCCUCGAAGUCCUCGAAGCGAUGUUUUGCAUCGAGGAGCGCACAUCAAAAAUCGGCGAAAAGUAGUACUACGCAUCAACCCGAAGUCACCAUCGAGUUCACGAACGAGAACGACCAGCUCAUUCCCACAUUUGACGAAGCGCUGCUCCUGCACACGCGCGCGCGCGCUUGGGCGUUCAGCGGACUGUUUUUCGGCGGCCUGGGUCUGGCGGCAAGCCUGCCGCCGAUACUGUUUUCUGCAUCCGGGGCACUGCUGCUUGCAUUUCACAUCUCCGUCGACCGGCUCAUGUUGCACUUGAUUGCCAUCCAUCUGCGUGCACACAUCACAUCCGCAAAAUUCCGAGCGGUCGAGUUUGAGGACCUGCAAGAACCGGGCAGCUUUGGUGGACAGCAGCACCUCAUUCCCCCCGUGAAAAAGUGGAAUGUUUUGUUGUCGAGUCCUGGGUGCGAGCGGGCCUUCGAUUGCACAACCGAGGCUCCUCCUGCUGUCGAAACGAGUGAAAAUAAAGAGCAAAGCAACUCUUCUGCAACUGCGGAUCAAGAUGAGACGACGACGCGCGAAUUUAAAACAUCGAGCGGGUCAGGCAUCCGCUUCGAGUUCCGUUUCGGAGACCAGGCUAAUGUGGAAAACCCCAUGUUCGGCAGAAGCACGGCAACAGGCGGAGGUGAUCCGGUUUCGCUUGGCGACAUUGCAAAGUACUUGCAGCUGCUGUACCUCCCGACAGAAGCAGAGCUGGUCCUGAACAAGGACGGGAAGGACCGCGAUAAGGCGGCGGUCUGGGAAGUCCGGAUCCAAAACCAUGCGAAAAUAACGGACAACAGGUCAAGUUCCAAGGAAGAUUUGCUGGCGCGCAAGAACUUGGAGCAAGAUCUGCUGGAUUCGGUGACUAACGCUUACGUGGUAAAGGAGACGGAAGUGCUCACGCUCCAGCCCCUGCGUUCGUCGGAGCAGCUGCCGCCGGCCUACAGUGUCAAGUUCGGCUCCGUGCAGCCCGGGCAGAUCGCCUACAUGAAGACGGUCUUCGAUCGGCUUCGGGACAACGCGCGCCAACAGGGACUGGAGCCCGACGCGCACCCUCUGCAGCGGUACCUCACGGCGCCCCCCAUCGACGCGCUGCUAAUCGUGCCGGCGCUGUACCACACGGGCGGAACGUUGUUUCUGCUCCUGGGGUCGACGAUUUUUUUGCUGCGGCGGGAGCCCCAGGCAUGAGGAGGAAGCUGCAGUGCUGGGGAUAUUGUCGGAAAAAAAUACGAAAAAUUCGUCGGGAUGGUCAUGAUUCUUGUGUUUCUUGUGUAGAUAGUUGUCAUAAAAAUGUCUUCGCGUAUGCUCCUCCCGGCUCCUGGGACAACUCGAAGUGAAGAGAAGAAAGAAAAAGAAGAUCAAGAUUUUGGUUCAAUGAAAAAGCUACGAAAGAUUUGAACGUACGAAGAUCAAGCCAGCAAAGAACCAUUUUCAGCACCGUGAUGCACUUCGCUGUGGUAGUAGAUGAAAUUGAAAGAAGCAGAACACCAAGACAAGCCGCUCAAAUGCACAAG